UCCUUGGAAGAGUCAAAGAGGUGUUGUAUGGUCGAUUCGGCAUCGGCAAUCACACGCAGCUUGGGGAGAGACCAGGCAGCAUACACCGAUCUAAGUAAGGGAUCUUAUACAAACUGCUAAAAAAAAAAUAAAAAAAAAAAUAUCCCCGUGUUUUUAAUCAUAUUGUGGAUUCUACCCUCUUCAAAUUACGGAUUGCGAGCUGUGUUUCCCACCCCACCCAUAAAAUUGUGGAUUUGGUAAUGCAUUGCUUGGAAACAAAAGCUGGCUGAUACAAAAGGAGACUCUACCCCCCUCCUCCACCUCCUUUUUUUUUUUAACAGCCAUCACCAUCCUGCUUCCCUUCCCCCUCCCAGAAGUGAUCCUGGGAGCUCUGCACAUGCCUGGGACUUUCUGCUUUCCCUGCUACGGUUCUGAGAGGCAUUAUUCCUAAGGUGCCUCAAUGCUGAGCAUUACCAGAUCGCGGGUCAUCUGCACGGUUUCCAGAAAGGAAUCCCCCUUGUUCCCCUUGUUUACCUACAAAAUGUACAGAGGGUCAAUAGGAUUGGCUUGAGUGAUCAUCAUCCAUUUCCCUGCACUCAAAACCUGGUUCCCUUUGUUUUCUUCUGAAAGGGCCCAGACAGCCAAUCAAAAUAGAGUCCCUCAAGGUGAAAGUUGACUUUCUGAAGGUGCCUUUUGGCCUGAAGAAGCCAGUGCUGAAAGAAGCGGCUGCUGUUUUGGCUUCUGUACCUGGGUCCGGGAGACCCAAAACCGUAAACGUGGAUCGUCACAAAAGCAGAUACUCUGAAAACAUGGACAACGAGUCCCAGUACUCUGGUUACUCGUACAAAUCUGGGCAUUCUAGGAGUUCACGCAAACACAGAGAUCGCAGAGACCGGCAUCGUUCCAAAAGCCGGGAAGGAAGUCGGACUGACAAGUCGGUCACUAUCCAGGCUCCUGGAGAACCUCUGUUGGAUAAUGAAUCCACAAGAGGUGAAGAGCGGGAUGACAACUGGGGGGAAACGACUACAGUGGUCACAGGGACAUCUGAACACAGCAUCUCACAUGAUGACAUUACUCGCAUUACUAAGGACAUGGAGGAUAGUGCCAACUUGGACUGCUCACGGCACCUUGGAGUCAUAAUCGGAGGAGCUCUAGCUCUUCUUUCCUUCCUGACUCCUAUUGCCUUUAUGUUGCUGCCCCAGAUCCUUUGGCGGAAUAGUUUGGAACCUUGUGGCACAGCGUGUGAGGGUCUGUUUAUAUCUGUGGCCUUCAAACUUCUCAUUCUCCUCCUGGGUAGUUGGGCACUCUUUUUCCGUCGCCCCAAAGCAUUUUUCCCACGGGUGUUUGUCUUCCGAGCGCUACUCAUGGUGCUUGUCUUCCUGCUGGUGGUGUCGUACUGGCUUUUUUAUGGAGUCCGCAUCCUAGAGCCAGAGGAGAAGAAUUACCAAGGGAUUGUACAAUUUGCUGUUUCCCUAGUGGAUGCAUUACUCUUUGUCCACUAUCUUGCUGUGGUGCUUUUGGAAUUGAGGCAGCUCCAGCCUCAGUUCACCAUCAAAGUAGUGAGGUCAACUGAUGGAGCAAGCCGAUUCUACAAUAUUGGUCACUUAAGUAUUCAGCGAGUUGCCGUAUGGAUUUUGGAAAAUUAUUAUCACGACUUUCCUGUCUACAACCCUGCUCUCCUGAACCUGCCAAAAUCCAUCCUUUCCAAGAAAAUGUCUGGCUUCAAAGUCUACUCGCUCGGAGAGGAAAACACUACCAACAACUCCACUGGACAAUCCAGAGCUGUGAUUGCAGCAGCUGCCAGAAGAAGAGACAACAGCCACAACGAAUAUUAUUACGAAGAAGCUGAACAUGAGCGCAGAGUGCGAAAAAGGAAGGCUAGGCUUGUUGUAGCUGUGGAAGAGGCCUUCACACAUAUUAAACGUCUUCAGGAAGAGGACCAGAAAAAUCCCCGGGAAAUAAUGGAUCCCAGAGAGGCAGCUCAGGCAAUAUUUGCCUCAAUGGCAAGAGCCAUGCAGAAGUACCUUAGAACUACAAAACAACAGCCCUAUCACACCAUGGAGAGUAUAUUACACCACCUGGAAUUCUGCAUCACUCAUGACAUGACUCCAAAGGCUUUUCUUGAGCGAUAUCUUGGUCCAGGACCCACCAUCCAGUAUCACAAGGACCGUUGGCUUGCCAAGCAGUGGACAUUAGUCAGUGAAGAACCAGUAACUAAUGGAUUGAAAGAUGGUGUUGUAUUUGUCUUAAAGCGUCAAGACUUUAGCUUGGUUGUCAGCACUAAAAAGAUCCCUUUCUUUAAACUUUCGGAGGAGUUUGUGGACCCCAAAUCUCACAAAUUUGUAAUGAGGCUGCAAUCUGAGACCUCUGUGUGAAACCCAGGACCAUCGCACAGUUGGAAGGGGGAAACUUAAAAUAAAGUUUUGGAACAGGACACCUUUUCUCCUCAGUACAGUGCAAAUAUUGGUACAGUAACAAAUACUGACGUACUCAACUUGGUCUUUUACUAAAGUGUUGUUUGUAUGGUCUUUUUGUACAUUUUUUUAUUUUAUUAGUUUUUAACAAUAAAAAUGUCUGUUUUUCAGCCAAUAAUGUCUGAUUUUAAUGAUUUUUUUUAUAAUUGUAAGAUAGCAUUUUAGAUAGCAAAUGGCUAUUAUUAUCCAAAGGCUAACUGGCAAUUUUAAGCACAACGACAAUGAGGAUCCAGUAACCAGUUGUUUACAUUGGGAAUUUUUAUCCGAUAGUCAACAUUCAAGCUUGUCGUCCUCGCACAUUUUUGGGCCUACUGUGAUUUUUUUUUUUUUUAAAUAUAUUAGACACAUUAAGAAUCAAAUGUUUAUUUUUAAUCUUUGUGUAUAAAUCUUGCACAUUUGGACAUAGCUGUAAGGUUGCAAAUCAUUUUUUAACUUGUCAUACUAAAGCAAAUGUUUAUUAAUCAGACAACUGAUGAUUUUGAUUAUAUUUACGUUAGAGACAAAUUCAAACUUUCUAUCAUGUAUAUGAGUACAGGUAUACAAGGCAACAACAGCUUUUCAUGGAGUCACAGGGCUCUGCUAAACUCUUACCUUAAUAGCAAUGCUAUCAUGUAUUAGUUUAUUAUGAGCAGCAAUUAAAUUGACUAAACUAUAUUGUUGCAUAAAAAAUGAUUGCAUUAAAGCUACACAGAUAUUGAAGAACCGGCUGAUGGCGGGUGAGACAUAGCUACAAGUAUAAUUUCAAAGUUGAUUUAGCAAGGAACAUUAAAGGGAUAGUCUAGUCAAACAUGAUUCAGAUAGAGCAUGCAAUUUUAAGCAACUUUCUUAUUUACUCCUAUUAAUUUUUCUUUGUUAUCUUGCUAUCUUUAUUUUAAAAAGCAAGAAUGUAAGAAUAGGAGCCGGCCCAUUUUUGGUUCAGCACCUGGGUAGAGCUUUAGGGUUGGUGUCUAACUGUAGCCACCAAUCAGCAAGCGCUACCCAGGUUCUGAACAAAAAUGGGCCGGCUCCUAAGCUUACAUUCAAAUAAAGAUACCAAAAGAAACAAAGAAAAAAUUGAUAAUAGGAGUAAUUUAGAAAGUUGUUUAAAAUUGCAUGCUCUUUCUGAAUCAUGAAAGUUUAAUUUUGACUAGACUAUCCCUUUAAUUUAAAAAAUUAUGUAUACAUCCAACCUCCUCCUAUUAACUAUAAAAAGCAACAUACUAACCACAAAUAAAUCCAUAAAUAAAUAGAAACAGGCAGAUUUUAAGGUUAUAAAAAAUAUUCUGGUUAAAAAAUAGCAUAGUAAGUGUACAUGUACAAGUAGGUAGAUUAAAAAUAAUUAGAUGUCUGAAUCAUGAGUUGAGGUCUCACUAAUGAUUUGUAGGAGUUUCUGAAUAAUGUCCAAGAAAGCACAAGACUAAAUACAAUUUCUGAAACUGAAGUUCUUUCUCUGGUUUAUGAAGUCAUUAAAUCCAUAACUUGCUCUGCACCAAAGGGCCAUUUAAGUGAUAAAAUGAUAUUCUAUAAUCUGUUGGAGCAUGUCAUUUUAACACUAGCAAUGCUGUAAUGUUAUGUGUUUAACCACCCGAAAAGGGGGUUUAAGUCUUACCCAUGACUUGCAGAUACCGAGCAGAAACAGUCGCUGAUCCAAUCAGCAGCGCCAGCUGUGCAGUUGGUCUGUGCAACUAGCACUGCUGAUUGGAUCAGCAACAGUUUAAUGCUCUGCAGGACUUUAGCUAUGUGAUUAAUUACUUUCUGGGGCUUAAAGGGACAGUAUACACUCAUUUUCAUAUAACUGCAUGUAAUAGACACUACUAUAAAGAAUAAGAUGCACAGAUACUGAUAUAAAACUGUUUAAAAACUUACUUAGAAGCUGUCAGUUUGGCUCUGUUGAAAAGGUAGCUGGAAAGCCCACAGCAAGUGGCAAACAAGACACUCCCCCCUCCCCCUUCUUUUGCAUAUGAAAAGACCCUUUACACAAACAGCAGCAAGCUGGAGAAGGUAGCUGACGGUAUUCUCAUAAAACUUUGGGGCUUGGUUAGGAGUCUGAAAAUCAGAGCAAUGUUAUUUAAAAAUAAGCAAAACUAUAAAUUUUUUGUAAAAAAAAAAAAACACUUUAUGGGCUAUAUAAAUAGAUCAUCUACAAAACAUUUAUGCAAAGAAAAAAUGAGUGUAUAAUGGCCCUUUAAAUGCAUAACAUUACGACGUUACUAGGGAUAAAGUGACAUGUUUUAACAGAUUACAACAUGUAAUUUUAACAAUAUAAUAAUGACCUUUUGCUUUAUCUAAAUAGGGCAUUUUUUUUAAAUUUUUUUUUAAUUUAUUUUUUUAUGAAACGUUUGUUAAUUUUUCAUAAAAGCCUUGAGCUUUUUUCCCACUGACUAGCUGCUACUGGAUGUGAAUUUCCUGUUCAUUUCUAAAUCACAAUAACCACAUUUUUCAUGCAGAAAUAAAAUGUGCUCUUUCAGUUGUAUGAUCUUUAUUUGUUUAGUUUGAUAUCCCUUUUAAUCUUGAUACUAUUAGAGACUUAAUGACAAGCUACAUUUUAAGGAUAUACCGGUUUAAAAUAAGUGAGUAAACUGCAAUUACGGAGCUACUGAAUACCUGUUCUCAUUCAUUAAAAGGAUAUGAAAUUAUUUUUUUUUUAACUUGCAUGAUUCAGAUGGAGCAUGUCAUUUUGACAUUUUAAAAUUCACCUCUAUUUUCGAAUGUGCUAUGUUCUCUUAGUAUCCCUUGUUGAAAAAGCAUAAGCACAUAUCCUGCACUAGUGGGAGCGAGCUGUUGAUUGGUGCCUGCACACAUUUGUCUCUUGUGAUUAGCUAACUAGAUGUGUUUUGUUAGCUGACAAUGUUCCUUCAGCAAAGCAUAACGAGAGAGAAGCAAAUUUGAUAAAAUAAGUAAAUUGGAUAGAAAUUGUAUGUUCUAUCCAAUUCACAAAAGGAAAUUUUGUGGUUUCCUGUCCCUUUAACUUGAAAACUGACUUGUUUGUGGGUUCUGAAAAUCAGAUUUUAUUACUUUUUAUAGAAAUCAACCCUUUUGUUUUUGCUUUAAAUACAAUUUGGAAAUGUUUUACAAAUUCUAAGGAACUCGGUUUUUAUGCUGUCUGAAUAAAUGCAACCAGAAAACAGAACAAAAUACUUUAAUGUCUCUAUUUAAAGUUAAUUUAAAUCUGUCAACUAAGGAAAUCUUAAAUAGGUUUGCAUAAAAUAGAAUAAAAUAUCCAUUCUUCUCUUUUUAAGAUAUCUAAUAAUUUCUAUUACGCUUAGUAUUGAGAACCGUAAUUAUACUAUUGCAUUGAGGAUAGGUUCAGUCAAAACAGCUAAGCCUUUUGUUAGAAUAUAUCUGCUUACCCAGGAGAAUGUUCCUCCUGUUGUGCAUAAUGCAUGUGAAAUGAUCUCAUAAUGAUUUGGUAGGUCAUUGCUUCUGUGUGUCUAGAUUUAUUCAGAUUGAGAAUGGAAUAGGGUUUAACACUCAUUUUAUGGUUGGUGCCUCUAUGAAAAAUAGAAAAAUAUAGAAGAAUGCAGUUGGCAGCCUAAAUCCUCUUGCACUUUAAUAAUAGGCUACAUUCCUUAGAGCAGAGCUUUCCAAACUUCAUGUUGGUGACACACUUUUUAGACCUACAUCAUUUCGCGACACAGUAAUUCAGUUGUACUAGCAAAAAGGUUUAACUUGUUUUAAGAGAUACGAACACAUACAUAAAAAAUUAUAUAAUAACGAAAUGUAUUUACAAGUAACAGUAUGUAAGUAUGUGCAAGAAUUAAAAAAAAAAAAAAAAAAAAGUAACACCAAUAGCUACUUACUAUUUUAAUGGUAUGUAUGAUAUGCGUAGCAGGUAGGCGGAAAGUCAGAAACCAACAUUUAAAAAAAUAAAUAAAUUAAAUUCAAAACAAUUUGUGCUUUAGCAGGGACACACCUACACACUGCUGCCGACACACUGUGUCAAGACACACAGUUUGGAAAGCACUGCCUUAGAGAGACAAAACCACUACUGAGACUCCAUGGGUGCAAUUAGACAGUCAUAAACACCAAUACAUUUAUUUCUACAAUUUAUAAAGCACCUUUCUUGUUGUUCCCUUGCUUAAUAGAAUUACAAAAUGGGUUAUGAGUUUUUUUGUAUUGUUUUACGGAAGAAAAAGCCUCACAGAUUAGGUUUAUUGGUGAACGUGAUACUCUUUAAAGUUAAUAAGAGAGCUUGAUAACUUCUACACCACAUCCUCAUGUUCCUUUAGACAGAAUAGUUUUGGCGAUUUUUUUGUGUCUGGUAAUUUCCCCCAGAAUUAGAAAUCAAUGAUUUUAGACCACUGGUUUUAAAACCUGUCCUAAGGCCUCCCCAACAGGCCAUAUUUUGAGGAUAUCUGAAUUAGAGCACAGGUGAAACAAUCAGCUGAUUAGUAAACAUGGUUAUUUUACCUGCUCUUAUCCAAGGUAAUAAACAUCUGGCCUCUUUUGGGAGGCCUAAGGACAUAUUUGAAAACCAUUUGUUUAGACUAUUACAACUUCUACCAUAAUAAUGUAAUAAUGAAAACCGUUUCAAGUUAGGGUAAUGAGAGGCCUAAUGUUACAAGAACCUACAAAAUUAAAAACUGUGGCUUUGACCAGAGAAGCUCAGCUUAAUGCAUAUUUUUAUUGGAGCAAAUACUGGUGCUUGACAAGGGCUUUGGUGUGUCAGAUGUUUAUUGAAGUAGUUGGAUUAAUAUGUUCUACCUAUGUAGCAAAAUAAAGAAUGAGUAAUUUAAUUCCAAUUAGAACGUCAAUCUUCUCAUUUGGUAAGCACUUUUCCACUUACCACAAGUAAAUAAUAACAGGGGUCUUUAAGUUGACCACAAUGGUGGUCAAUAAAUAUUCAACACUUUCAAACUUUGGGUUACUGGUUCCUCAUUCACAAACUACACUUGACCAAUGUGGAGUUAAGCUAUUGCUGUGCCAGACAAUACAAAACUAGAAAUUUUUUUAAAGAAAAUAAAUACACCUUAAUGGCUGAAGAACAUACUUUUGUAGUUUAAAUUAACUUCACUGAAAACACACUAGUAAAAGGGCAUGCUGAAAAAUGUAAUUAUUGAUUUGUGGACCAUAAAGGUAAGAGUUGUGUGUGGACUUGCUGAGCCACUGUAUAGGAAUUCAUUUAUCUUUAAAAAAGAAAAGAAGAAAAAAACUGUUCAUCCUGGAAGAGAAUUUAAGACAGAACCUACUGGGUUUUAAAAACCCUGCUUCACCUAUGGAGGACUUUAUGUAGGUGUAUGGAAUAAAAAAAAAAAAAAAGACAACUGCAACCAGCCCAGCUUACUUUUGUCUUGGACCAAUACAGCAAAUGUUUUAUACUGUAAUAAUUUUCCAUUCUUUUCAUACCACUUUGUUCCACUUCUUACAGGUCAACAAGAACACUAGUUUUAAUUCCAGUGUCUACUUUUAUACCUUUUUUAUCUCCAUUUUACUCUAGCAGUUAUACAUGAAUUUGUUUGAAUACAUCAAUAAUGUUCUUAGUGAAACAUUGAACCAUUAAUGUUAAAAUUCCUUUUAAUCUAAAUACCUCACCAAAAAAAAUCUGUUCCUACAGUAGAUGCCACUGCCUUAACAUCAGGGAUUUGCCUGUAAUACACAAUUUCCCGGUGACAUCAAAGCUUGGAAAAUCACUGUGAUUUCAUGCCUUUGUUUCUUUUUGUAGCAAUUACCUUUUCUUUUAAACAAAGGGAGUUUUAUAUGAAAACAA